UUGGCUCCCUCCUCCCUGCGCAGAGCAUGGCUUGGCUGGCGGGGCUUCUGCGGCGGAUUGGGGCUUUGCUCGCCGUCUUGCUCGCCUCGUCCUACCGGGCCCUCGCCGUUGCCGCCUCCCAGGCCCGGGCCGCGCCGCGCCUGCUCCAGCUGCCCAUGGCUUUGGCCGGCCCACUGCUGUUCCGCGUCGGGUACAAUCUGUAUGCCCACACCCGGCUGGGUUACCUGUUCUACAAGCGGCAAGUAAAGAAAGCACGGGAGCGAUACCCCCAUGGGCAUUCCCUUCCCCAGCCUGCAGUGUUCAAUGGGAUGAAGAUACUGCCUAUCCCUGUUUUGUCCAAUAACUACAGCUACCUUGUUAUUGACACUGGAUCCAACUGCGCUGUCGCUGUGGAUCCCUCGGACCCUUUGGCUGUGCAGUCAGUCAUUGAAAAAGAGGGAGUGACGCUGGAGGCCAUCCUGUGCACUCACAAACAUUGGGAUCACAGUGGGGGCAACGCAGCACUGAAGCGACGGCACAGUUCCUGCAGAGUCUAUGGCAGCAGUUAUGAUGACAUCCCUGAGCUGACAGACCCCCUCACAGACAAGGAGACCAUCACGAUAGGGCGAUUGAACUUCAAGGCCCUCUUUACUCCAGGACAUACUGUGGGACACAUGGUCUACCUACUGGAUGGAAAGCCUUUCGAGGGACCAGCCUCCCUCUUCUCUGGAGACCUCCUCUUCCUCUCCGGCUGUGGGCGGAUAUUUGAAGGCACCCCAGAAACAAUGUUGGCAUCUCUAGACUUGGCAGCUAACCUUGCUGAAGAUACGCUGCUUUGGCCAGGGCAUGAAUAUGCUUUAGAGUGCCUCAUGUUUGCAAACCUUCUGGAACUGGAGAACCCAUUUCUGUUGCAGAAGUUACAAUGGGUGAAUCAACAGCGAACUGAGAAGAGAAGUACGUGUCCUUCUACCAUUGGUGAGGAAAAACAAUACAACCCCUUCCUGCGGACACAUUGCCAGGCCAUCCAAGAUGCCAUGGGCCUGCAACGUCAAAGUGGUGAGGACUGGGAUGCCUUCCGGGCCCGGGUGCUGAAAGAAGUGCGGCUGCGGAAAGACGUCUACAAAGCGAACUAGCAAUAGAGAUGGUGCCAGGCUGGAAUGGCCAGGGUUUUACCUGUGUAUAGGAGCCCAUCAGGGCCUUUGCAAGGAGGAGUCUGGUCACAAAAUGGGCUGUGCCCUACUGAAGAGGGAUCUACUUGAAUGCUGGUGUAACCCCCAAUGUGAAGUGAAUGGCAAAUCUGAGUCAACCUCCCUCCUUCUCAGAAAGCUUGGUUACAACUGCUGCUGAACCUGAAGAGUGGGACAUACUUGCAGUCUUUUAGUCAAGGGAUAAUUUCAUGGGAACUGUAAUGGAUUUCUUCUUCUUUUCUGACAAAACCGAACAAGUUCCUGUGGCCCUGUUAUUUUGGAGCUUACUUAUUGGGACCAAGGUGAAGAGAGGAUUCAGCAGCAUAGGCCAGAGCUUAGAAGAGACACUGAGACUUGUCAUCUCUGAUUUCAGACACAAUUUCAUAAUAAGCAUCAUAAUUUUAUGCACAGGAAGCGUGCAUGAUUGUGUUUGGAUAUGCCUGCCUAUUUCUCACUCAGGUGGUGGUAAUGUGGGAAGGGGUAUCUCUUGGAUUUUGCUAUAAGCACAAUUGCAAUCCUUUGUCCAUCUCUCUGGAGACACUAAUGCACACGGGUGAGUUUUGAGGCUCUGUCUGGUCUUCCAACACUUUCCAAGCAGACAAGAAGGGACCCUUGCCUUUCCUUUGAGCAGCUAAGACUAAAUACUACUGAGAAUUAUCUCCUUUCUGCUCUUCUCCUACAAGGCCUGUUACCUUUCCUUUUAAAAAAAAAAAGUCUCUACAGUCAAGGAGAUCAAAGCAUCUCGAACAAGUGGGCCAAGCAUGGAUUUAUGACACAUGUUCUUGGAAGGCACAUGUUUAGGCAUGUGGAGCUUCCAGCAAUUCUGCAGCCGCUUCUGAAAGCACAAAUUCUUAUAUAAGAGUUCAAGUCAACAAUUGCUGUCCUUCCUACAGAUGCAGGAGAACAGAGUAGGAAAACUGUGAAUGUGUUACUUGUCCCCAAAGGAGGCCUCUCAGUCGGAUAGAUGGCUUCUUACUACUGGUAUUAUAUGAAAGUUACUUGUAGAAAUGAUUGUACAUGUUUACUAUGGGGUGUUUAAUUCAGUCCAUUUGGUUGCGUGGUUUCCUUUUGCUCCUGUCCGGUAGUCUGUCACUAUAGUAAAGGGUUACCAUCACGAGACAGAAUUUAAGUGUUUAUUGUUAGAUUAAAUAGCCAGGACAGUCUUCCUAAAGUUGGUGCCUUUUAGAGGUUGUAGACCAGUGUUUCCCAACCUGUGGGUCCCCAGAUGUUUUGGCCUUCAACUCCCAGAAAUCCUAAGAGCUGGUAAACUGGCUGGGAUUUCUGGGAGUUGUAGGCCAAACACCUGGAGACCCACAGAUUGUAGAUUGUAACUCACAUCUUCUAGAUUGUAACUCGCAUCUUCCCCAGAGAGCAUGUCCAUCACAGGGCACCAGGCCAUGGAAGGCUGAUAGCAAAUGGUGUUAUACUGUUUGUUGUUCUGCAGUGCUUAUAUUUGUUCCACAUGUUGACAGGGUUUACACUUUGGUGUUUCUCCUAUCCUUUAAGUCCUCAGUGUUUGCAAGGACAUAAAACACUAUUUUACUCAAAAGAACAAAAAGUUUGCUGAGAAAUAAUAAAAGAAAUGUUGUUUCCUUCUUCAGAUGUGUUAAAAUUAUGAAAAGAACAUGUGGUAUGAAAAGGACAAAAUUGACAAAGUUUGAAAUAUCACAUACUAUUUCUUUAACCUCAAGUGAGAGAGUUUUUUGAGAACCUCUCAAAGGCUAAGUUUUUAAGGAAAACAUUUUCGUACUGUGAAAUGGAUGCUUACACAGAUGUAACUCUACCUGGAAGAGGAUGAAAUCCAGAGCUUGGAAGGUUACUUUUUGGACAGGAACUUCCAGAAUCUCCUAGCCAUCCUGUUCACUAGCAAUAUUAGCUCAAGGAUUUGGGAGUUAUAGUCUGAAAAAGUAACUUUCCAAGCUGUGCUUAAAUGUGAGUAACUGAAAGCUGAACCACUAAAGUUCAUUACAUUUGGACUACAGUAUAAUGGUUGUGUAGAAAAGGGAAUUUCAGUAAGUGGUGUUUAUCAUGCAGAAAAUAAACACAACCCGUAAAG